UAAAAACCCUCGUGGAUGAGCAUUGGGCAGUCUGAAGCCUUACCAUAGUCAUCUUCACCAUCUCUCUCAGCGAAUCUCAGUAUUUCUUCACCAUCGGAGAAACUCCGACAUCGACGUCACUGUCGGAGCCUCCGCCGAGACGAAUCUUCUGAAGCCGAAAGCGAUGAAGCCGGUGGGUUUUGGUUCCCUGCUCGUCUUCUCCAUGCUUUUACGGAUCGUGUUGAUUGUCUAUGGAGAAUGGCAAGAUGCUCACAUGGAGGUUCGGUACACGGAUGUGGACUACAUUGUUUUCUCUGACGCUGCAGCUUUAAUGGCGUCUGGUGAAUCUCCUUACAAGAGAACUACGUAUCGCUACUCACCUUUGCUCGCAUUGCUCUUGAUCCCCAAUUCAAUCUUCCAUCGCUCCUGGGGAAAGAUCCUGUUCUCAGCUUCUGAUUUACUGGUGGGCUUGUUUAUUCGUGCUAUUUUGAAACAACGGAAGGUGCCUGAGGAGAUAUGUACGUACUCUGUAAUGGUAUGGCUCCUCAAUCCAUUUACAUUCACAAUUGGAACCAGGGGGAACUGUGAACCAAUUGCUUGUGCCAUGAUUCUUUGGAUCAUCAUCUCUCUUAUGAAAGGCAAUUUGUUACAAGCCGCAUUCUGGUAUGGGCUUGUAGUGCACUUCAGAAUCUAUCCCAUUAUAUAUGCACUUCCGAUCGUCCUGGUUCUGGAUCCUCAGAUAUUCCAAUCGGAUCGAAAGCCUCUGCUUCAGGAGUGGAGUGCCGAUCAGGGGAAGACGCCUCCUAGUAACACAAAGGAAAGGUUUUGCUUCCGCCAUUUUGCUGCCUUGAGAAAUUUAUUUUCUUCACAGAGAAUAACUUUCGCUUUGGUUUCUGGGGGAGUUUUUCUUGCUUGCAAUGCUGUUUCCUAUUAUUUUUAUGGACAAGAGUUCCUUCACGAGGCUUUAUUAUAUCAUCUUACCCGAACGGAUCCAAGACACAACUUCUCCAUCUACUUCUAUCAUAUAUAUCUGCACUACGAGCAUCAGUUUUCAGUUCUGGAGAAGCUCAUCUCUUUUUUACCUCAGUUUGUGGUACAAUUUGUUCUAGUGUUCUGUUUCGGACAGGAUCUGCCCUUCUGCGUCUUUCUUCAGACCGUUGCGUUUGUGGCUUUCAAUAAGGUGAUUACGGCGCAGUACUUUGUGUGGUUCUAUUGUCUGCUUCCUCUUAUACUGCCAUGGAGCCGUAUGAAGCUGAAAUGGGAAGGCUUGUUAUGCAUCCUUGUCUGGAUUGGAGCUCAGACCCAUUGGCUGUUGUGGGGAUACCUGCUCGAGUUCAAGGGCAUAAAUGUCUUUUUACAGCUAUGGAUGUCGAGUUUACUGUUUCUGGCGGCAAACACCUUUGUCCUUGUAAGAAUCAUCCGGUGCCAUCGGUUCUCUCCUCUGUUCAAACGGCUCGAGUCUACCAUUUCCAAGAAACCCGCGAAACUUGAUUGAUGGGUUAUCGAAGAAUGGCUUCAUUCAUGGGAGAAAAAAAGAAAAGA